AUGGGGCCCAGGCAGAGGCGGAGGGUGCGAGCUGGGCUCUACAUCACAGGGUUCCUCUGUCUGAUAUACUACCUCUUCUUCACGGGCAGAACACCACGCAGCUCACGGAAUGGCAGUCUCACCUCGAACCCACACCGUCAUACUCCUCCUCCUCCUCCUCCUCCUCCUCCUCUCAACGACCUCACUCUCACAGCCACACAGUGCUCGGCCUCAUUCCCCAACCUUACUUGGUCCAUAGACGACGUCGUCUCCCAGGGCCCCUUCCACAUCAACACCAAGACCGCCCCCGUCCUGGUCCGCAUCCGCAACGGCCAGCUCACCAUCCUCAAGUCCCAGCGCAAGCGCGACCUCUCGACCGAGAUGCUCGCCUCGCGCACCGCCUCGCUCCACCAGAUCCACCGCGCCCUGGUCACCGCACCACCACAGGAACCCCUCCCAGACACCGUCUUCGCCCUCAACUUCCAGGACCAGCCCUUCGGCACCGCCUGGGCCUACUCGCGCCAGGCAGACCCGCACUCCCGCCCAGGCUACGACGACGGCAACCCAGACGCCCGCACCUUUCUCAUGCCGCACUUCUCCUUCUGGGCCUGGAAACUCCCCUUCAUCGGCUCCGUGCGGCGCGCCGCAGCAGCCAUCACGGCCAUCGAGGAGGAGAACGACGACGACGACGACGAGAGUGCCUCGAGUAGUAGUAGUAGUAGUAGUAGUAGUAGUAGUGGUUUCGCCUCCAAGAUCCCGCGGGCCGUGUGGCGUGGCACCACCUGGUUCAACAGCGUGCAGAACCCGCGGCUGCGGCAGAACCUCAUGACCACGACGCGCGACAAGCCGUGGGCGGACGUCGAGGCUCUGAAGUGGGACACGGCGCCCGACGCCAACGGGGAGAGGACGGCCAGCAACUCGCUGCGCAUCGAGGACUUUUGCAGGUACAAGUACGUCCUGUACACCGAGGGCGUCACGUACAGCGGGCGGUUCCCCUUCCUGCAGAUGUGCGGGAGCGUUGUGCUCAGCCCGCCGAUCGGGUGGAUGAUGCAUACCACGCACCUGGUGCGGCCUGUCUUUUCCGGCAGCGGCAAGAGCCUCAAGGGGCGGUGGACGCCGAGCGAGAUGGUGACGAGGGCGUGGCCUGUGAGAUAUCCCGCCGAAGAGGCAAACAUGGUGUUUGUGAAGCCCGACUGGAGCGAUCUGGAGGACACCAUCAUGUGGUUGGAGGAGCACCCUGGUGUGGCGGAGGGGAUCGCCAGGAGGCAGAGGGAGAUGUUUGUGGGGGAAGGGUAUAUGAGCCCUGCGGCGGAGGCGUGUUACUGGCGGGCUUUGAUCAGAGGCUGGGCUGAGGUUGCGAGGUGGGAUGAGGGAGCGCUGGAGGAACUGGGGCCUGGGCAGACAUAUGAGGCUUUUGUGUUGACGAAUGGGGAUUAG